CCUGCUGGGUCCCCGUCCCCCCCGGAGGAGGAGGAGGAGGAAAGACAUGAAUGAAGAGGAGGGGAGCUGGAACCUUUCACAAAAAAAGAAAAAGAGAAACAGCAGCAAACAACUAGUAACACUUUUGAGGCAGACAGAGCUUGAAACUAAUAUAACCCUCUCCGGCUUCCUCUCUUAUAGAGCGGGAUUAUAAACCAAGGAAGGCUGAUGCUGUGAAGCAAAAAAAACUGUCCCGCUCGAUCGGGGGUGGGAUGCGACUCCUUCGAGCUCUUUUCAACAAAGAUCGCCUGUGACGUUUCUGACUGCUGCUUUAAAACUAAUGGGUGAAAAGCGGCGGGGGGAGCAAACAUGAGGAGAAAAGAGGAAAAAGUGAAAUUCUGAUAGACGGAAAGGGGGGUAAAGAGGUGCUCGAACAACGCGGUCAGGAUGGAAACGUUUCUCAGCUCCUAAUGAGAUGUUUUGUCAGGCCCUUUUUUCCUCCUCCAACCUCAGUGCCCUAAGAAGUGGCCAUGAACCAACCGAUGGACCGGGAGAUGAUCGAGCUAAAGAACCUGGGCUUGGAGAAGCAGCUGGACCUGACUCGAGGCCUGCGAAGCACGUCCGAACGCCCUGUCCGGUUGGAGCGGGCCAACGCCCUGAGAAUCUCUCCGGGGAAAGUGCCCGAGAUCUUGAGCCGUGUGCGCCAGAUCCGCCUGCUGGGCGGCCAGAGCGACCCCAAACUGACUGAGGAACUGGGCGAGGGCCAUAUCUUCAGGCCCUGCACUCAAAGCCAGCCCACCUGGUGCGAUCUGUGCGGGGAGUUCAUCUGGGGCGUGUACAAGAAGCGUCUGCAGUGCAUCCACUGUAAAUUCAUUUGUCAUUACCGAUGCCGUGCCCUGAUCCGGCUUGACUGCAGUAGCCCCCGAUACCAAGACUGUGAUCAGAAUGAAGGCAAUGAGCAGACAGUGGAAAAAGACACCAACGUGGAUGAGCAAAUCGACUGGGAUAAGCCAGUGCUAUCUCAAACUGAGAUUGAGCAAAAGAUAAAAGAAUACAACAGUCAGAUCAACGGCAACCUCUUCAUGAGCUUGAACAAAGAUGGUUCCUAUACAGGCUUCAUCAAGGUGCAAUUAAAGCUGGUACGGCCUGUCUCGGUACCUGCCAGUAAGAAGGCACCCUCCAUUCAAGACACCAGGAAGAGCUCCUCACGCAGCCAGGCAGUAAAGCGCCGCACCUCAUUCUACCUACCAAAGGACACCAUCAAACACUUGCACAUAAUUUCUCGUACACAUGCCAGCGAGGUCAUUGAGGCUCUGCUAAAAAAAUUCAUGGUAGUAGACAACCCCCGCAAGUUUGCUCUCUUUGAGAGAACAGAAAAGGAUGACCAAGUAUAUCUCCGCAAGCUUUCUGAUGAGGAGCAGCCUCUGCGUCUCCGACUGCUAGCUGGCCCUAGUGAAAAGGCACUGAGCUUUGUCCUGAAGGAAAAUGAGACUGGAGAAGUCAAUUGGGAUGCCUUUAGUAUGCCUGAGCUACAGAACUUCCUGCGUAUCUUGCAGCGUGAAGAGGACGAACAUGUUCGGCAGAUCCUGCAGAAAUACACCUAUUGCCGCCAAAAGAUGCAAGAGGCUCUUGCCACCCGUACACCAGGUUGACAAAGUGCCUCAUCCCAGACCCAGCACUCCAGUAAAUGCAAGAUGCAGAGAAGUGGUGAAGCCAAGUGGACUACGAGUGAAGCAAUCCUGGGACUGUGUGGGCUGAAUGUAUCUCUGGAGGGGCAUAGGGUGGGGAAGGGAGAACGGGAAUUUGUGAGCUCAUGACUGGUGCAUGUGUGUAUGCUCCCCAUGAAGUGAGUGGUUAAUAGGGAUGUUGCAUGCAUGAUGCAAUGGGAUCAGUUAGAGAAGUAAAGAAAUGCCUGUGGGAUGUGUGUGAAGAGUAGCAAACUUGAGUAGCGUUACUACAGCAGCUACUUUCCAAGUGCCAGGAUGCAAAUGCCACUUUUAUACCUACAGACUGUCCAAGUGCUGUUUAUCUGGACUUGGUGUAGAAAUGACUUAAGGUUUGACAAAAUCAAAGUGGCCUCAAACUGAUGUAUUCUUGUGAGGUGGCCUUAGCAAACACCUUUCUUCAAAAUACCAUUUUUGGGGGGGUGUAUUUCUGUGGGGAGUCUAACUGUGGGGGCCCAUGGAUCUAAUCUAUUCAACUGUGUCUUUGUCUUUCUUGGUUUGAUAUUGAUCCACAUAAUAGUAAGACUGCUAGCAGAGUGGAACAAUCUGCCUAGAGGCUUUGCUUAGACUGUGGUAAUACAAAGCAAAGUCUGUUAACUCCUAUCUCAGAUGUAUCUGAAUGGGGAUGAAGAGUAAUUGAACAGUGUCCUUGGGUAGUAUGUGUUCAAAAAAUGCCAAAGGAAACCCAAUAACAGAACCCAAAGAAAUGGCAGGACAGUUUCCGAUAGUUUUUCUGAUAACACAGGGAAGAACAUGUAAACACAUCAUUAUUGCAAUUCCAUCAGUUACACUAGAAUUGAUAUUUGGGCUAUGGUUGAUCCUUAAGAAAAAAGGGCAGUAAAAGUCAGUAUCAUAUAACAGCAUUGUAAGAGCAAUGAUCAAGGGCCAGAAUACUCCAUGGAGGACGGAAUAGAGAGAUGCCUUUUCUUGCUCAGACACAUCCUUUAUUUAGCCCUUGGUAUUAAAAUCUGAAGACCAGGGAUGGAACAUCAGGAUUCAGGUUUUUCUUCUGCUGAAGACAACCGUGGCUUUGGCCACCCUCUUUUAUAUAUUCUAAUAUCUCAUGUAUAUGCAUGAGAUAAGCAUUGGUGUAUGUCUGAGAGGCAUCCUUGACUUGGGUUAUUUCCUGCCAGGUCCUGCCUAUCUGUCUGAGUAGUACUUGAACUUCCUUGGUGGAGGGGACAUGUGUACUGCUACAGUAGGUGUUCUGUUGUUUUUAAAAUCGAGUACACUCUACAGAUGCAGGCACCCAAAAGAAAAUGGGCCUACUAGUCAUGGCUGAUCCCCCUCUAGGGAGAAGUAUUUACAAUCAGGAUUGUCUGUUGAGGAUCCAAUGGAUUAAAAAGUCUUGGGGGCUCAGGUUAUGAAUGGUGCUGCUUGUAUACCAAUCAAUAAAAGAUUCAGGAGUGAGAAA